AUCUGUUGUCACAAACCGCCCUCACAGCUUCUUUGGCCCCAACUGCCUCUCCACCUUUCCAGUCAUCUCUUUAUUUUUCUUAGUCUCCCUGCUUUUCUCUUUUUCCCUCUUUCUCUCCAUACCUGUAGCCUACCAACAGCUGUUUGGAUGUUUUAUUUUUGCAUUUACAAACUGUUGUUAUUUUCUUCGCCAACACCAACAGAUUUAUAAACAUUAUGGAUGUGAGUAUUUCAGGGUGAAAUAUUCUCUGGGCUCUGCCCUCGCGCUACGCCGUAAGAGUGACCACAUGAGUUCGGCUUGUCUACUACCAGCUCAUGUGCUGCCUGCUACCAUGGAGCGGUCAUGGGUUGGUCUGCUGCUCCUCGCGCUCUGCCUUUUACUUACGGAAGUCAGCGGGAGAAAUCCCACAUGUCACUUCAUCUGGGAGCUGCAGAGGGCGGAGCUAGAGUGUCACAAUCAGCUGGAGAAACAAUCACUAGAGCCUCCCGGCUGUGGUGGUCUGUGGGACAACAUCUCAUGUUGGGCCCCAGCAGCAAUAGGGGAAGAGGUGACUCUCUCCUGCCCCCCUGCUCUCACACACCUCUUCGGACGACAUGGUACCUUUAGUAGGAACUGUACUGAGGCUGGCUGGUCUGACAUCUACCCCAGCAUCAGCACGGUCUGCUGGUCCAGCGACAACAAACCUAACAAGCUGCUGUUCUACUCAGUGGUGAAGACUCUGUACACUCUGGGCCACAGCCUCUCAAUUAUUGCUCUCGUCACCUCUACAUUCACCCUCUGUCUGAUCAGGAGGCUCCACUGCACUAGGAACUAUAUCCAUGUGAACCUGUUUGUGUCGUUCAUCUUGCGAGCGGUGGCUGUGCUGGUUAAAGACUCUGUCAUCUUCUCCCAGAACCAAAACACUGACUGUAGCACACAGCCCUCACUGGUGGGCUGUAAGGUCAGUUUGGUGAUGUUUAACUAUUUCAUAAUGGCUAACUUCUUCUGGCUGCUGGUGGAGGGGCUCUACCUACAGACACUGCUCCUGGUAACCUAUUCAUAUACACACCUCGCUGUCUACCUCACCAUCGGCUGGGGGUUACCUUCAGUAUUUCUGGUGAUCUGGAUCUUCUGUAGGAUGUAUCUGGAAGACACCGACUGCUGGGAGAGGAAUGACAUUCCUACCCCUAGGAGGGUGAUCAACUGGCCCAUAAUGGCGUCUGUGAUAAUCAACUUUGUUCUGUUCAUCAGUAUCAUCCGUAUCCUCGUCCAGAAACUACUCUGCUCUGACGUGGGCGGGAACAACCAAUCACAGUACAGGUGUCUGGCUAAGUCCACCCUGCUGCUGAUUCCUCUAUUUGGAGUCAACUACAUGGUGUUUGUCUACCUGGUGGAGACAGAGAGCGACAGGAUGGCAGAAUACAAGAUUAUCUUUGACCUGGGACUGGGGUCAUUCCAGGGUCUGGUGAUAGCUACUCUCUACUGCUUCCUCAACACCGAGGUCCAAGGGGAACUGAAGAGGAUGUGGAGGAGUGUGUCAUUAAAGCAUUACAUCGGGCGGGACUGCCUUCUACAUAAUGCGUCAAUCAGCCGUAACUCCACCCACUUCAAGCGGAACUCCAGAGCCCAGUCCAUCCUGCAGACGGAGACCACUUCACUGUGACCCGGAAGUAGUUCCACCUCUGUGGCCCGGAAGUGGAUCUAACACAAUAUAACGUGGAAGUGGAACUAACUCUGUCUUUGACCAUGAAGUGAAGCUGGGUAAAUCAACCAACACAAGUUGAGGGUCAGCUGAAAAGUAGUGGAACUCUCCAAUAAAAGACACUCAACGUUUGAUCAGCUUUUACCACAACCAGUCUUCAGGAGCUGUCCACACUGCCACAGUGUGUGUGUGUGUGUGUGUGUGUGUGUGUGUGUGUGUGUGUGUGUGUGUGUGUGUGUGUGUGUGUGUGUGUGUGUGUGUGUGUGUGUGUGUGUGUGUGUGUGUGUGUGUGUGUGUGUAAUGUGUUCUGAAAGCUAAUAUAGAACAUCAUAUAUCCUAUGUUUAUGAGGCAGAAGCCUGGAGCACUGAGCUUUCUGUUUUCCACUGGAAUGGGCUUGGUAUUCCAGGUAUUAUAUAUAUAU